UGAGACUCAUGUGACAGAGGUAGGUCACUGCUAGCGAGAGUCAGGGGUUUAUUUAACACGUAGCUCUGUCCUCCCCUACUUUCCCAACGCGCAACCAAGACUAGUGCAUCUGCGGGACUCCCUCUUGACUGACUGACUACGUGGAGAUCUCCGGGACACUGCUCCCAUUAACCGAUAAAUAAUAAUAACAACAACAAUGCAAAUAUAAAAGAGAUUACUUAUCCCUACAAAUUGGUGGAAAUACUGAAAUAUUUUGGUGAAAAAUUUCAAGGACUAUUUACUUUCAUUCAAUUUCAUAUGCAUUCUUGAGUGAAAACAUUGGAAAAACAAGCUUGCCCUUUCCUGCGUCAUUUGGAGUAGCCUAAAGAUAAUGGAAAUGGAAAGGAUUCCAAGUGCGCAACCCACCCCCAAGCACCAGCAGGCUGAGUUGUCUGACAUGCAAGGGUAAGUUGCUGAUAAUUCUCCUUGUGCCGUAUGCCAUGCUUGCUCUGUGCCUCUUCAUAGUGGCAUACAUUCGCUUCUCCUGACAUGGAGUGCACAACCUCACCUAACCCACAUCUCAUUGACUCUCUUCUGGUUUUCUUUAGGAUGGAUUUCCCUAUGUAUGUAUACAAAUCCCGUCGGGGAAUGAAACGAGGAGAUGAUAGCAAGGUUGGUUGAUAUUUUAUAUAUUUUUUUAUAGAAACAAUAUUGGUGUUUGUUCACUUAAUUGACUGUUGUGAAAUAAUACUCUUGAAUUUGUAAAUAUUACAAUAUAAGAAUGUUAUGAUUAUAUACAAUGUUAUUGAAACAUUGUUUUAUUUAGAUGAAUUAAUUGGCCUGAUCAUUCAGAUAAUGUGGUGACCUAUUUUCCCAUAUGACGUAAUCCUUGGAGUCGAUGUUACUGUUCACCGUGCUGCUUGUCAAACUGCUGAGGGUGUUAUAUAACCCCAAUAUGACUCCACCUAACCUACUUUCUCACAACUGCCUUUAGGAAACCUACAAACUGCCUCAUCGACUUAUCGAGAAGAAAAGGCGUGACAGGAUAAACGAGUGCAUCGCUCAGUUGAAAGAUUUAUUGCCCGAGCACCUGAAACUUACAGUAAGUUCCUAUUUAUCUGGAAGUUGCACAGUAUUAGGCAACAUUUCUCUGCUUGUAGAUGUUGGCUAAGGCGCCAUCAAGUGUUAGCUUGGUGGUACAUCAGGUUAUGGUGACAGCCUGACUAACAGGUGAUAUCUGGAAAGGAAUUUUAAGUGAAUGAAAGUGAAUACUUAAACAAAUGGCAUUUUUGAGAUGUUAACAAAAAUUGAACGCAUUUCCUCAGAUUAGUAUUUUUUAUGAUUAAAGAAUAUAAUAUUACACAUUACACUUUUGUAUUUGAGUAGAUCUAGUUAGUUAUUGCUGUUGAUUGUUGUUGUUGUUGAGGAAGUUUGUGUGCGGGUGUGUGUGUGUUACAUAAGAUGUGACCCCCUGCUGACAGUAGAAUGUUCUAUCCCAUAGACUCUUGGCCAUCUGGAGAAGGCUGUGGUUUUGGAGCUCACGCUCAAGCAUGUGAAAGCUCUAACCACUCUACUGGAAAACCAGCAGCAGAAAAUCCUGGCUCUGCAGAAUGGCAUGCAAAUCGGUGAGCAAACACACACACACACAAUAAGAUGAUUAUGCAGAAGCGCAUGCAAAUCACUUAAUUUAAAUAUAGCUUGUGGUCUCUUGCUUUGGCUAGUUUAAAUUUGGAUGCAGACCACAUCUUCACUAAUUCUCAAACGCAGCACAGUGCAUUGCUCAUCUACUGCAUUAUAAUAACAUAAUAAUAGAAUAAGGAACUGAGUCAGAAUAACUGCAAAGUUUAGAAUGGAUGUGGUUGCAUAGAAGGGGAAUUUAUACCCAUAAUAAGAUAUAUUACUGACGAGAAUGUCCCCAUAUAUGAUGAAAGUAGUUUGGUAGUUUCCAUAAUAAUGCAUUGUGGUAGAUCUGUGUUUGACAGCAUUUGUGGUGUUGUUCAUUCCUGUCUACAGAGCAGUCCUCUCCCAGCCAGGAGAACAGUGAAGAGAUCUUCCGCUCAGGCUUCCAUGUCUGUGCCAAGGAGGUGCUGCAGUACCUGGUCAACCAGGAGAGUGACGGAGACCUUACACCCUCCCACAUGAUCAAACACCUCCACAAGGUGGCCGCUGAGGUCCUCCAGGGUCCUUCCCGUAGCCCCUGCGAACCCCAGCCCGAAGAGACCACCAGCUACCACCAACACCAUCAGGCCCAUAGGGAGAAGCCUGCAGGCCAGCCCCCCAAGCCCAGCGAGGGCCACGGGAAGAACUGCGUUCCCGUCAUCCAGCGAAGGUAUGCCCAUACGGGCGGCGAGCAGAGCGGCAGCGAUACAGACACAGACAGCGGCUAUGGUGGCGAGCAUGUUGAGCAUCUGGCGUCGCAUGCAGGGUACUACGGCCAGGAGAGACAGCUGAAGAGGGCGCUGGGCGAAAAGAGGCCGUCAUUUGGCAUUAAGCAGGAAGAUGAGCUGUGCCUCAAACGCAGCCGGGUCGAGUCAUCCGAGGACGAGUCUCUCUCAGGCGGAGAGUCAUCCUCAUCCUCCUCCAGCGGCCAUGGCAGCUACAUGAGCGCCUACUCCCCUCAUCAGGCCCAACCUCAUCCCCUCUGCAUGCCCUUCUACCUCAUCCCCCCCUCCGCCGCCGCCUACCUGCCCAUGCUGGAGAAGUGCUGGUACUCAGGGGCCAUGCCCAUGAUCUACCCUGGCCUGGGGGGCUCCGCGCAGGGCAUGCCCAGUGACAGGCAUGCCCCCUCUCCCUCGAUCAUGAUGUCCCCCAGGGGGCGCUCUCCCUCUCCCCCCACCGUGGCCCAAAGCCCCAUGGACUCCCCAGCCUUCCUCCAAGCGUUAAAGCAGGUACUUCCCAUGAACCUGGAAACCAAAGACUGA